AGGCGAGUUCCGGUGUGUCAGAGGAUCAGCUGAUGUCAGUGUAAACAGAAAAGAAGAGUGAGUGUGUGGAGACACACACAGCUAUAUUUCGACACCAGUCAGCUUUAACAGUCAGUUAAACGGAAGAUGUGCGGUGUGUCGGACUAAAAAAAAAAAAAAAAACACAUCACAUGUAGCCUCCACGGAGGGAGCCCGGGAGUGAGAGCAGCUCUGUCCGGAUUUGACUUCACAAGACUGGGCUGGUUGGAGCAGGGUCGAUGGAGGAGCUGGAGCCAGAGGAACAGUUCCUGCAGUUCGCCCGGAACGGUGAUCUUCCGGGAAUUCAGAGGCUCCUCAUGUCCAAGAUAAGGGAAGAAACACAGAUCAACAUAAACUGCAAAGGUAAGAAAAAGUCUAACCUUGGAUGGACGCCUCUUCACUUGGCCUGUUACUUUGGACACAAAGAUGUAGUGGAGGAGUUACUGAAGGCCGGGGCAGAUGUCAACUUGCCCAAUAAUAUCGGAGAUACGCCGCUGCACAAAGCCGCCUUCACAGGAAGAAAGGAGGUUGUCAUGCUGCUGCUGCACUAUGAUGCAUGUGCUACUGUCAUCAAUGGGACAGCACAGAUUCCCAAAGAUGUCACUCAAAAUCCAGAGAUCAGAGGCAUGUUAGAAGCGGCCGAGAGAACGGAGGAGAGGAAACUGGAGGAAGAACUUUUGGAAGCUGCACGAGAAGGAAACCUUUCAACUCUAACACAGCUGCUCAGCAGGAAAAAGCCUCCAGACAUCAACUGCACAGAUCUGCUGGGUAACACUCCGCUGCACUCCGCGGCGUAUCGAGGCCAAAAGCAAUGUGCCCUGAAGCUCCUCAAAAGUGGAGCCAACCCCAACAUCAAGAACAAGAAUGACCAGACGGUGUUUGACCUGGCUAGUGAUACAGCAAUGAAGCAGGUCCUUGAAAGCAACAUUCAUCUGGGUAUGACCCGAUACGUAAAGAAGUACGAGGGAUUCCUCUUGAAGAGCUCCAGAUUUUUUGGCUGGCGUUCCUAUUGGGUUGUCCUUCAGGAUGGGGUUUUAUCCUGGUACUCCAAACAGUCAGAUGCAGCCGGCAAUGUCAGAAGACAAGGCUGUAAGUCCCUCACAAAUGCUCAAUGCCUGAUCCGGGCCAAAGAUAGCAGCUUUUUUACUCUCAAGUGCUUCGAUGACAGUGUGCAUCACUUCAAAGUAUCACCUAAAAGCGAUCCAGAGGCAACGAGAAAAGCGUGGCUGGAUGCUCUGGAGGAGCACUCAGCUUACAGCACACACUACUGCUCCCAGGAGCAAGGCAGCGAGGAGGAGGAGGAAGAGGAAGUGGUGUCACUCGGGGAGCUCACAGAUUCACUACAGGCAGCGGAGGCCAGCCAAAAGAAGCUGGAAGAGGAGGUGGCAGCUUUCCUGUACAUGCUGAAACACGACGGACUGGCAGAGAGGUUUCCAUCUGCCAUAGUGCAGAAAAUGCAAGAAAUCUAUCAGUUGUCCAGCGAGACCAGCUCCAGUCUCAGCGUCUGUCUCAGCUUCUUCUCCAAACAGGAAGGGGUGCGCAGUCUGAAAUUGGAGCAGGAGGUAGAGAAGAAUAAGAUCCUCUCCGAAGCGCUGCAGACUCUCGCCACGGAGCACCACGAACUUGAGCAAUCCGUCGUCAAGGGAUCUUCACCGAGGAGUGCCCUCAGCGAGGAUGAGUUCCACGACGCCGUGUCUGAAUCGGACUCGGAGGUCUCCCUGAGCGGUUUUGAGACGGUGGCCAGCCAAUCCUUCGACGAGGACGAGGAGGAGGACGAAGGCUCUAUCAUGUUAAGCAGCCCUUGCAGCAGCCCCACCAGCAUGUUGCAGGAGGAUCACCAUGGAGACAAGGACGAGGCUCAACCCAACGGGAUCACAAAGCAUAGGACGAGCUUACCGGCCCCGAUGUUUUCAAGAAAUGACUUCAGUAUUUGGAGUAUCCUGAGGAACUGCAUUGGAAUGGAGCUCUCCAAGAUCACAAUGCCGGUGAUUUUCAACGAGCCGCUCAGCUUCUUGCAGCGUCUGACGGAGUACAUGGAGCACACUUACCUCAUCCACCAGGCCAACACCACCUCAGACUCUAUUGAGAGGAUGAAGUGCGUGGCUGCGUUCGCGGUGUCCGCUGUGGCCUCCCAGUGGGAGCGCACAGGUAAACCCUUCAACCCUCUGCUGGGAGAGACCUAUGAACUGGUCAGAGAUGAUCUGGGCUUCAGGCUCAUAUCGGAGCAGGUGAGCCACCACCCUCCGGUCAGUGCUUUCCAUGCCGAGGGCCUGAAGCAAGACUUUGUGUUUCAUGGAUCAAUCUACCCUAAACUCAAGUUCUGGGGGAAGAGUGUGGAAGCAGAACCGAAAGGCAUCAUCACGCUGGAGCUGCCCAAGCACAACGAAGCCUACACAUGGACAAACCCUACAUGUUGUGUUCACAACAUCAUCGUGGGACAGCUGUGGAUUGAGCAGUAUGGAAACAUGGAGCUGAUAAACCACAGAACUGGUGAAAAGUGCUGCCUGAAUUUCAAACCGUGCGGCCUUUUUGGCAAAGAACUGCACAAGGUUGAAGGGUAUAUUCUGGAUAAAAGCAAAAAGAAGCUGUGCGCUCUGUAUGGGAAGUGGACAGAGUGCAUGUACGUCGUCGACCCCGCUGCCUUUGAAGCUCAUAAGAAAAACGACAAGAAAGCGGCAGAGGAGAGAAAAGGCAGCAAAGCGGGUUGCAGUGAGGACGAGGUUCCCUCUCCAGCUGCAGACACUGUGGAGAUGAUUCCUGGCAGCCAGCUGCUGUGGAGGAUCGCACCCAGACCGGCCAACUCUACCCAGAUGUACAGCUUCACGUCCUUCGCGAUGCAACUAAACGAGCUGCGUAAAGAGAUGGAGGGAGCCAUUCCUCAAACUGAUUGCAGGCUGAGGCCGGAUAUACGAGCCAUGGAGAACGGAGACAUUGACCUCGCCAGUGAGGAGAAGAAAAGGCUCGAGGAAAAACAGAGAGCUGCUCGCAAAAACCGAUCCAAGUCUGAUGAAGAGUGGAAGACGAGGAGUCCGGCCCUGGGUCCAAGGUGGUUUCAGCAGGGGCAAAACCCCCACACUAACUCGCAGGACUGGCUCUUUUCUGGUGGAUACUGGGACAGGAAAUACAGCCAGCUGCCAGACAUUUACUAAUGGACAUUUCCCCCGGACAGAGGAGACAUUUUUCACCGUACAGUGUCCUCAGUGCGACUCCCCAACAGCUCCAGUAACUACAAGCAAUAUGCAAACGGUGUACUUUAAAACUGCGUGGCCUUAAUCAAGUUUAUGAUGGUGAAACUGUGCAAAAAAAAAGUAAAUAAUCAAUAUUUUAAAGUUAUGAAAUGUUAAGUCGUUUGACAAUGCUUUGAAAUGUAGCAUUUGAAUUUACAUUGACGGGAUUGUGUCUGUUCAUAACGGACUUUUAGCACAGUGGAGAGGAUGCACAGGCGUUCAUGAUUUUAGUGUCUUCUUUUAAAUGUUUAAUAGUGUUUUGACUCUAAAUGUAUAUCUGUGUAUAUAUAUAAAUAUAUAUACACUUUUCACAAACCUUCAGUGACCUCAUCAUCACGUUGUUCACAUUUCAGUUCACAUGGACUCCACCACGAAUCCACUAAGAGUCAGUUAACUUGAGGUCAACGCGGAGGCCGUCUCUCCUCUCUCCUAAUCCGUUAGGCCGGAGGCUCGCGGAACAUGUUCACAAAAACAAACCGUAUAUUUUCUAUAUCAUUAUCACACUUUCAAGAAUUGUCUGUUGUGCUCAGUAUUUCAUAAAGCUCCAAGAAUUGAGCUGAAUAUUGUUGAUGAAAAUCUAAAAUGCGUGUAUCGUACAAUACCGUCAGACUAAAGAGGAUCGAAGGUUACGAGGUCAUAUGAUGUAGAAACUACUGAAUUUUAAGGCCUCCCCCUGUAAAGCAUUUUAUUAGGAACACUUCAGCGUGUUCGUGCAUGUUUUUAUCAUUCAUGUGUUGUAAGUUUUGGGAUGCGAGAAGUUCAGAGAAAUCUGAAAAAUAAAGUGGAAUCUGAUCUAA